AUGGAGCGCCAUCGAGGUGGGGGAACGGCGAGGUCCAUGAUACGACCAUCAAAGCAGUCGCAGUCAACCUUCAACAGUCCACCUGAAGUUGGAACCGGCGACACUCCACUCUCCCGGAUCGGGGCUGCGAAUGCUGCUCUACACAAUUGCGGCGCCACCUAUCUCCCUCCCAGUUCCCGUCUUCCUCAAGAGGAGCUUUGUUGUCGGUGUAAAUGGCCAAGCAUGAGCGAUCCCGAUCUCCCAAAUGCAGAUGUCCCUAUGGAUGACUCCGACAAAGAUGACAAUGAUGACGAGAAAAUGACCGCGAAGAUGACAGAGAUGAUGAUGAUGCCGGAGACGCCACUAGUUCGUUUCUCUGGCAGCACUCCACUCUCCCUCCUCGAGUUGUGGGCGCAGUUGGUUGCUGACCUUCAGUGCGGGACAGACAGAGAUGGACAAAAAGGGGGCGACAUGCCGAGGGAAAGGCAACAACAGCAAGAUUGUACUUUUAAUGGCAGCAGCAGCCUGGGUUCUACAUCUCAACAUCAACUCUCAAGCCUCAUUCUUGUAACAAAACAGGGGCCUGAAGAUGUUGACCAGAACAACUGGCCUACACUAUCAAGACCAGAAACGGAUUGCUUUCUUAUAGAUUUCGACUUGAAUCAGUGA